AUGCUUCAAAUUUUGAUUUUUCGUUACUUUGGAAUCCUCCUACUGCUCUGGGUUUUACUGCCUUCGUCGAUUCAAAUCGUAGAUGCCGAUGAAGACUACGGGACGCAGCUUUUAAGUGCAGCAAAAGAAGACAAAGAUUGGUUGAUUUCAAUCAGAAGGAAGCUCCACGAGUACCCUGAACUCCUUUUCCAAGAACACAACACCAGCGCCCUUAUUCGCAAUGAACUCGAUAAACUUGGCGUUUCUUACACAUACCCAAUUUCCACCACUGGUUUUGUAGCUCAAAUUGGCAUCGGGUCUCCUCCUAUUGUAGCUCUUCGAGCUGACAUGGAUGCCCUCCCUUUACAGGAGCUGGUUGAAUGGGAGCAUAAGAGUAAAAUCGAUGGAGUAAUGCAUGGAUGUGGACAUGAUGCUCACACAACCAUGCUCCUUGGUGCUGCUAAGUUACUUAAUCAGAGAAAAGACAAUCUAAAGGGAACUGUUGGGUUGAUUUUCCAACCUGCUGAAGAGGGAGGUGCGGGUGCAUCCCAUAUGAUAAAAGAAGGUGCUUUAGCUAAGAUAGAAGGUAAAGGUGGUCAUGCUGCUGAACCUCACAACAGUGUGGACCCUAUACUUGCUGCAUCAUCAACAGUUUUAGCCUUGCAACAUUUAAUCUCUAGAGAAUUAGAUCCCCUCCAAAAUCAAGUGCUAUCAGUUACUUAUGUUGGGGGUGGAAGUGCAUCGAAUGUUAUUCCACCAUAUGUUGAAUUAGGGGGAACACUCAGGAGUCUAACAACUAAAGGCUUGCAACACCUUCAGCAACGGGUGAAAGAGGUGAUUGAAGGACAGGCAGCUGUUCAUAGAUGCAAAGGUACAGUUGAUAUGAUGGAGGAUGAAUACCCUCUACAUCCAGCUACCAUUAAUGAUGAGAGCUUGAAGAAGCAUGCAUGUGGACAUGGUGGGAUCAAUGGUGCUUGGUUCACAGGGAGUUAAGGUGGCUAAGAAGGUGAUGGGUGGGGAGGAUUUUGCUUUCUAUCAGGAAGUGAUUCCUGGAGUCAUGUUUAGAAUUGGAAUCCGUAAUGAGGGUAUUGGUUCAGUUCAUUCACCACACUCUCCUUAUUUCUUUCUUGAUGAAGAUGUUCUUCCCAUUGGUGCAGCUUUACACACUGCUAUUGCAGAGUUAUAUCUCAGUCGACAUUAAAUCCCUUUUCAUUGUGUAAAAAGGUUCAUAAGUUUAAUUAUGACAUUUGCUAAAAGAUUCUGUGUAUUUGGGAUGAUGUAAAUGUAUAUAGAAAAUAGUUGUUGCAUUGAUAACUAUGAACAGGAACAUAGGCAGGUGCUAUUUGGCAGAGGUUGGGUGAUUGUUAAUUAAGGAUGG